AUGAGCACCACCGGGGCGGCCACGGGAUCGGCUUCUUGCCGCUUCGCCCACUACUUCGUCGUGUGUGGACUGGACCCGGAGACGGGCCUGGAGCCGGACGACGGAACAGGUGAAAGCUUUGAACAGAGCCCCAUUCACCGCUCCUUCAAGUCCAGAGUUCUCGUCCACUACCCCGAAAGCACGGACAGGAACCCCUUCAAUAAAGAUGCAGUUAACAUGCUCUGCAUGCCUCGGGGUCUUUCCUUCCGCACUCAAGCCGACCGCCUGGAGUCUCACUUCCACUCCUUCACGGUGGGUUCGGAAGAAGGCUCGCGUUCCUACGGGUUCGUCCACACCUUCUACGAGGAGGUGACUGGCUCGCAGAUCAUCACGGCCAUGCAGACGCUCCACCAAAUGCACCACGUGGAGCACCACUCGGCUUCGUCCUCGUCGGCUUCUUCGUCGGCUUCCUCGCCGUCCACGUCCAGCAUGGACUCGCUGGUGAGCAGCUUGGACGAAUCCGACGGCGAUUCCUUAGCCGCCGGGAACGCCGCCGCCUGCCUGGGCUGUGCCGGCGGAUUCGACUCGACUCACGACACGCUGUACGUGUCCAAAGCGCUCUGUUUGCUGACGCCGCUUCCUUUCCUGGGAGCUUCUCGACACUUCCUGUCUCAGUUGCACCGAGCCGUGGCGUCGCAAACGGCGCCGCCUCUGCCGUUGGAAAGUUAUAUUCAUAACAUUCUUUACGAGGUGCCGCUGCCUCCGCCCGGACGCUCGCUGAGGUUUCACGGCGUGCAAGGGCCCAUCUUGUGCCAGCGGCCCGGCCCGGGUGAGCUCCCGCUGGGAGAGUAUCCAUUGGGGGAAGCCUUCUCCUUGCUGGGUGUGGAAAACAUGGUGCAACUACUUACCUGCUCACUGCUGGAAACGCAGAUCCUGCUCUACUCUCAAGACUACCAGCGCUUGAUGACAGUCGCCGAGGGCAUCACCACCCUGCUCUUCCCAUUCCAGUGGCAGCAUAUCUACCUGCCUAUCAUCUCCACACCUUUGCACCACCUCCUGGACGCUCCCGUGCCCUUCCUGAUGGGCAUCCAGCGCAGGGACGGCGUACAGCGAGCCUCCCUCCACUUGCCGCACGAGGCCAACCUUUGCUUUGUGGACAUUGAUAGCCACCGCGUGGACGCCCCCGAAGGUCUCCCGACCUUUCCAGACCAAGCCGAGCUAGUCCGGGAACUAAGUGAGAUCCUACAGCAAGGAGGCGCCCUCACCAGAGCCACCUCGGCCUCCUCUCAGAUGGGCAGUUUAGUCCUGGAGGAUCUCAUGGAGGACAGAAGGAACGGGAACCUUGGAGGCGAUGAACUGGAGGUCCUGGAGAGGUUGCAGGCUCUGGCUUGGAGGUGCAGCGGAGACCAGACUUCCAGCGAAGGGAAGACGCUGGGUUGUGUGUGGAAGGAGGAAGAAGAGGCUCUCGGUGUUGCUAAGACGAACAUUCGGCUGAGGGAGGUGUUUGCCGGACGUUUCGCCGCCAUCUUCGGGCGCUACGAGGAAUUUGUCAUCCACAGCGCGCACGAUUUGGAUUCCUGGAUGAGCAACAGAGAGGGAACGCUCAGCUUUGACAAGGGUGCCUUCCUGGCAGCUCAGCCCGAGACCCAUUUGCACUUCCUGUCCCGCUUCCUGGAGACGUCCAUGUUUUCCUCUUUCGCCGACGGCAAGGUGAUUUCACGCUGGGCCGAGCGCGAGCCGCUGCAGCAGCUCUUUGACAGUCGACUGGAAAGGGAGCGACUCUACGACACGGAACGAGCAGACUCUCCUGCCGGUCGCUACAGGAAAUGCGCCACGAUAUUUGAGUCAGCUCAGGCCAUUGAACGCAGGCUGCUGAAGGCCGACCACACCGCCAUCCACCCGCACCUCCUGGACAUGAAGAUCGGCCAAGGUCGCCACCAGCCGGGCUACUUCCCCAAACUGCAGGCUGAUGUUCUCGCGCACUCGCAGAGCACCAACAAGCGGUCCAGUCGUGUCACAGCAUCACGCAAAUGCGACACCAGGAGGACGUCAUCGGCAGCAGAUCUCACGGGACUGGACGCAGAACAAAGACAGAAACACUCACUAGCAAGGAAGCACUUAAACCAGCUGAAGUUUCUGGACCUGUCUCCUCAAGUCAUCGCUCAGAUCCACAGGGAUUUUGUUCAAGGGCUCCUGAGCGAGUGUCGAUUGAAGACUAAACGUAUGUUGAUGGAGCGAAUGGGAAAGGAGAGUGUAGAAGUGGGUCAGGGGGAAGCCAACAUCACAGGUCUGCAAGAAAACACACUAAUUCACGGUUUGUGCGACCUACUAGAAAGAACCUGGGGCCACGGGCUGCAAAUGAAACAGGGAAAGUCAGCUCUUUGGUCCCACCUGCUUCAUUACCACGCCGCCCUGGAGAAGAAAGAGGUGCCGGCUGAGUCUCCAGGUAGUUCAGUGACAGAGCAAAGAGCAUGUGAUGAUGGUGCUGUUCUCCCAAGAGGAUCCUUGCUGCAUGAUAUGAGGUUUAUCCAGACGAUGAGUGACGGCCUGUCCGAAGUGGGUCAAGCCCGGGCUUGGAUCAGCUUGGCCUUGGAGAAAAAGAUGCUCUCGCAGCACCUGAAAGAGUUACUUACAAACCAGGAAUUGCUGAAACAGUUAUACAAACCUCAUGCUUUCCUUCUCUGCGAGGAAGAAAGAGAGCAGUUUCUUUUCCACCUUCUUUCGCUCAACACGGUGGACUACCUCUGCUUCACUCACGCCUUCGCUUCUAUCAACAUUCCUUAUCGAGUGGCCAUCAUUCCCAUGAAGAAGCUGAGCAUCGCCAUGGCGACCGUCAACCCGUGGGUAUGCGUGUCUGGAGAAAUGGGAGAUUCAGGAGUGAGGCAGAUUCCUAAGAAUACGCAGGAGAUUUUUUUCCAGUGUAAGAACCUGGGCCGACUAAGCACGUUACAACUGGGACAGGAGAACUCGGGACUUUUGGCCAAGUGUCUCAUCGACUGCGUCAUGGUCUACAAUGAGAUCACAGGCCACACGUAUAAAUUCCCGUGCGGCCGCUGGUUGGGGAAAGGCGUGGGGGACGGCAGCCUUGAGCGAGUCCUCAUCGGUCAAUUAGUGUCGCCUGGUGGAGAGGAAGAUUCCGGAAGGUGGACGGGAACGCCGCCGGAGCUCACCUCGCCUUCUCAGGGCGUUCGCGCCGUUCUGGGCUCACUUGCACACCGGACGAGAGUGCUGUCCGUUGAAGUGCACGAAGACAUGAGAGAAGCGGCUAAUAACCUCGUCAAGCACUUUCACAAACCUGAGCAAGAGAGAGGCAACCUGACCGUGUUACUAUGUGGCGAGGGAGGUCUGGUUCCGUCUCUGGAAAAGUUCCUCCUCCACGGCUUCAAAUUCAGCCGUCUUUUCCAGAGAAAUGUCUUUGUGUGGGACUUUGUGGAGAAAGCGGUGGUUUCCAUGGAAACGGCCGACCAGCCGGGCUACCCGCCGGGUUCUAUGCUGAUAAAAGAGCCACCCUGCGAAUUGCUCUGCCACUACGUCAACUCCAUUAGCGCCUCGCCGCGAAACAUUGGGAAAGAGGGAAAAUUCCAGCUUUUGGUUUGCUUGGGAGUCAGGGACCGCCUUCUCUCCCAGUGGCUCCCCCUUCUGGCCGAGUGUCCACUGACGUCAAGGACCUACGAGGACGGCGCCCUGAUGCGCGAUCGCGCCGCCGUCGGCUCGCUCUCACGCAUCUUGCACACGCUCAACGAAUUCGCCGUCACGCUGGAGUCGUCUCUGGUCAAAGGCGUGGCCCUCUGA